CAGAACAUUUCCUUCUUGCAUGUUUCUUCAUGUUUACCAAAAAAAUACGGCAAAACAAAGGUGUAACAGAGACUGUCCGCUACUGUGGCCCCAUGACCAUUACCAUGGCAAUAGUUUGCGAAUGAUAUCCUUAAUAUUAAUAUUGAUAUGCUUGAUAAGAUCCAAUCAUUCAAGUAAUGAUGAUGCCUGGUAGGAAUGAUUAAAAUUGGAACUUUUUUUAGCAUCUGGUGUCCAACAAUCCCAAUCAUUUCUGAGCACACCAUAUCAUUCCAAGAAAGCUGAUAUAUGAACAGAAAUACUGUAAUGAAAGAUGCAGAUAAACUUAUUCAGUAUGUGAAGAAAGGUGCAUUGCACAAAGUAAAGCGACAUCUUCGAAGAUGGAAAAAGGAAGGGAAGAUUGUCCAGGAUGUGAAAACUGGCAACGGACGCACUUUACUACACCUUGCUUGUUACCAUGGUGAAGAUGCUAUCGCCAGGGUGUUGUUGCGGACUGGAUGUGCAGCCAAUACUGUUGAUAAAGAUGGAAACACUCCUCUACAUCUGGCAUUAAAUCGUGUCCUAGAGGGUAAUAUUCAUUUGAUGUUUGAUUUAGUUGAACCAUUACUUCAAACUGCCACCUCAGAUGAUAUCAUACAAGGUCAGCGUAAUGAUGUAGGAGUUACACCAGCAUUGUUACUUAAACAGGCACGAAAUUAUGUAGCUGAGCGCACAAAGCCUUCAAGCUCGCAUCAUGCAUCAUGGCAUGACGAAGAGAAAGAUGAAGACAAGGACUGGAAUGAAAAGCUAGCCUCGGAGUGGGCCUAUGAGAAUGAGGAAGUGCAUGGGCACAGUUAUUGGACUAGCUUUAAUGGCAAUGAUGAAAAGCACUGUACAGAAACCUAUGAUGAUUGGUCAGAAAGAAUCUCUACAGAAUACCAUGCAAAACUACGAAGUUCUAACACAUCUCAUCAUAAAAAAGCUAAGAAAACAAAGGAUAAAUCAAAAGCAAAUGAAAAAUUAUUAAGUGACCUUCAAAAAGAACAUGAAAAAUACCAACAAAGACAAACUGACAAAAGACUUAAAAGAAAGAAAGAGGAAUACCUAACAAUAGCAGAUCGUUUCUUCAGCAAUAGUAAUGACUCUGACAUUCUAGGGUAUGGUGAUAUUCCUUGGCCUGGUCACAUGAGUAAUGUGGAUGGGAUGUUGAAGGUGCUGCUCCAUGGGGUUGAAACUGAGUCGCUUAAGAAGUUUGUGUUAUCACAACUGCGAUUUUGGCAUCCUGAUAAAUUCCAGCAAAAACUGGGACAGAGAUUGCAUGCGGAGGAUAGCGAACAAAUUCUCAAACAAGUUAAUGAACUUAGUCAAGGCCUUAACAAAUUGAUUGAGGACAAAGAAUAAUUAGGAAUUACCAUAUUUAUUAGUUGAAAUUAUGCCAUAGUGUAUUAAUAAAUGUGAUUAUUUAUUAAUAA